AUGGCAAACCAACAACGAUCUGAUGUAUCACCAGAUUUGGACGAUGAAGAAGAUCCAGAAAAUUUGGGUUCUACUGAACCUGAAGAUUUAACUAUCGGAAAAAAAUUUGUUAAUGUUUGUUUAAGGUUGCGUAAAGAUAAGAAAGAUAUUGGCGGUGAUGACAAUGCUGAUUCCGAUGUGAGUGGCCAACAGAAUUGGUCUUAUGAGGAGCAAUUCAAACAGGUCUUUAAAUUUUUUUCACUUUUCUGA